CUCAUUGUUCGGGCUUCAUGUAAAAAUGUUAAAGCUAGUUGACACUUUAAAAGUGAGAACCAUAUUUUCAGAUUAUCAUGAGACCCAAACCUAAACCUGUCUAACUUUUCUUUCAACUAUUAAUCUAGUUACCAAACAGGAUCCCAUUUACUUUUCAUGUGUUUUCAUAACAUUUAACUGUCAGGUGCAUUUUGACUAUUUUGACAAGGUAAAUAACACCAAAUAAUACCAACAUGUAUGACACAUGUCAUACUUCAGGAGUGACCGGUGCACUGUCCAGCAUUGAGGUGUGUUGUUGUGCUGAUAGUAGCAGGUGUUACAUCACUGACUCUGUGACCAGAUUUUAACUUUAAUUAACCCAAACCUGUCACCUCUGCUAAUAUAACCAAAGGCAUUUUGUCCAAACUUGUUAAUCGUGUGUUAUAAUUAGGGAGGUCACGGGAAAUCUUGGGUGGGGGUGAAGUAGUAGUAGAAGAAGAAGAAGAAGAAGAAGAAGAAGAAGAAGAAGAAGAAGAAGCAACAACUCCGGGUCACGUGACUGGGUCGAGCAUCUUUUUUGGUCCAUUUUGGAUGAUAGCAGCAGGAGCUUCGUGCGACCCGAGAAAAUGACCAAACUGCAGUUUUUAAACGUCUUCCUCACUGAGCGGCUCAUGCUCGCUGCGCAGGAGAUCUACAAAUCUGUCGAGGAUACGAUUUUGGAGUACCAGGAGGAGAUCGCGAUCCGGGAGCGGGAGAACGACCAUCUGCGGCGCAGGCUGCGGGACGCGGGGAUCGAGAUAUGGCCAGAUCGUCCGUCCAUGGCGCUGUUGGAUGAGGAAGACGGCGAGCAUCCGCGCCGCGAGUGGAGUCCCAGCAUGGGGCAUGAAGAGCGCAUCCCUAUUCAGAUUAAGGAUAAAAGGGAUCUACGGGUCAACCAAGGAGACGAUCAGCUUCGUGGCCAUGGCUCUUGCAGCACACCAGAGAAUAUGUUUACUCCCCCGCGUGUCGGAAACGAAUAUCCCCAGGAAGGCCCGCACACAUCCAACCUCCCUCAGAGUCAAGGUGUGGAGAACAGGGACAGGGACCCUGCAUCUCGAGGCCCCUCUAGGCAUGUAAAGGUAGAGAGUGGAGGAGGCCACAGAGGCUCUUCUUCUUCCAACAGUAGCGCUCAGCCCCUUGCACCGGUCAACCCAAACUGCUCAAAUGAGAACAACAUUGACAUUAUCGGGGUGGAGAACGGAGGACAGAUGGUUGGUGCUAAGGGAACUGGAACUGGAGCUAACAGAGGACAGGCCUCACACAUGCGUAACCAAGGAGCCAAUGCCGUGGACUGCCCCCAUCAAAAAUCCCCACUACAAGCUCACAUGUCAUCCUUUUGUUGCAAGGUUUGCGGCGAGGCAUUUAGUCAUAUUGGCCACCUCCAUGUGCAUGUACAAGUGCACACGCGAGAAAAACCUUAUCGUUGUGGGGUAUGCGGGAAAUGCUGCAGCUCCUCCGGGAGGCUCCAGGAGCAUCAGCGUAGCCACACGGGAGAAAAACCUUUCCGUUGCCAGAUUUGUGGAAAAGGCUUCACACAGAUGGCUCACUUGAAGGUACACAUGAGGAUCCAUACUGGGGAGAAGCCAUACAGUUGCCCUGUGUGCGGCAAAUGCUUCAGCCGGUCCGACAAAAUCAAAAGGCAUCUCCAAACCCAUAGCCGAGAGGGAACAUAUUUCUCAGGGCAAUGAUGCAAGUUUAUUAUUAAACAACCCAGUUUGUGAAUCAUAUUGAUGUGGGUAACUUUCCUACAAAAAGCUAAAAUUGCUGCCAUUAGGACAAGGCUUUUUUUUUUUUUUUUUUUUUUUUUUUUUCAAAGAACUAUGGAUUCUGCAACUCUUAGAGAAAGUUUCUUAUCUAACCUAAUACUUCUCCACGCCAUAGUCCCUCAAUAGAAUUUGUAUUAGCCAGUUUAGUACGUCAUUUACUUAAUUUUGUACUUGUCACUGAGUAUUAAAUCUCUAAGACACAAUUUGAGUUAUUAGCUAGCCUUUCUGAAUUAUCUAGCCUUUUCCGUAGUCAUAUAAUUAGCAUGAUGAAGUCUUCCACACAUGCCUUGGAACUGAGAUGCAUCAAGAAAUGCGACAAUGUUCAGCACAGUCACAGCUCAUUAUCAUUACCAGUCACUCCAUAAGUUUACACAUAAGUUUCAAAUCUGCAGACUUCUACCGGACAUCCAUCUUGUGUUUGUUAUUUGAGUUAUUAUUUGAAGCAUGAAACAAUCUCCUUUUUUUUCUCAGUUAACUAGAGAUAUGAUGGCCUGACAAAUGAAGCCUGUGUUUCAUCUGGCUUAUCUAACACUGCCAGUAGUUUUUUCUUCUUUUUUUUUAAAUGUAGCAAUAAAAAAAAUUAAAAAACAGUGCAAACGAAAAGCUACUGAAAUGCCCCCCUAAACUGUGGACUUGACCGACUUGCAAAGAGAAGUCUGACUCUGCACUUAUCUCCAUUUUAGUCCUUUAUUUUUUUUUAACUUAAUUUUUUUUGUUGAGUGUUGUUACAUUAGUUGCAGAGCUAAAUACUGCCAUCUCACAUCGUCAGUGCUUCAUGUUGUCCACUGAUGGACAAAUCGACCGUGAGACUGCUCCACUACUUUGUGAAAUAAUGUGAUAUUCUGUAAAAUACCACUAGUCUCGAUCUACCAUGCAUUUAGAAAUUUUGUGGUGUCUUUUUUUUUUUUUUUUUACUUUUUUUUUUUAUGACAUGCACUAUGGCAUCCGUCUAAGAUGAUGCAGAAAUUCACUCUACAGUAGGACCAGAGAGUAUUAGCUGAACCUCACUGUGGUUUUUUUUAGGGGUCUCAGUCUGCAAAGAUUUAUGUUCACCUGUGUUUUGACCUCAGUAGUCAUCCACAUGUGAGGUAUUUUUUGGAGUGCCCUCGGUUGUGGUUGAUUUUUCAGAUUUGUCAUAGAAUCAGGUACUUCCUCUGCCCAUCAUGGACUGAUGUCCUGAACAGUAGAUCCUACAGUUAACUCUCUCCUCUCAGGACUAAUGCUGCAUUCAUAACAUGAGGGCAUACCGUAAAUACUAACGUCUGACUACAGCUAUUCUAAAAGUCAGAAACUCAGGGUUUGUGAGUUUUGGGACUUAGACCCUGCUUGUUUGCAGGAAUAAACAUGAUGAUGACAAAAGAUGAGAAUAACAAUUUGCAUCUGAAUGUCCUGCAGAAAGAUUAGCUAAAUAAUAAAUAUGAUACCUUCAGAGUAUGUCAAAGCUCAGUUGUUUGCUCUGGGAUGCACACAAGUGAAACCACCAUGUGUGAUGAAUGCAGCAUGAGACAGCACAUCCUCACAGCUGACCAGCAGCCCUUUCACACACUGGGACACCUUUGUUCCCCCCUCUCUCUCUCUCACACACACACACACACUCUACUGUACAGUGUUGUAUCAUUGCGUAUUAAAUGUUAUUUUUUAAUAAAGUAGUAAUUAA